CCUUGUUGUUGCUAAGACACUCUUGUUUCGCUCCUUGACAACCCUGGCGGGGGUGCGCUGGCUGUGGCCCCGGCUCCGGCCCCCGCGGGAGCAGCACCCCUCGAGGAAAGACAUUUUCUGCUCCCACCCAGUUGGCAGGGCCUGCUUCCUGAGUCUCCAGGGUGUCUUAACUGCCGGUGCCCGCCCCUCCCGAGAGCCCACUCUCUCCCUCUGGGGGUCACGGUGGAAGGAUCAUGGGAGAAACAGAAGGGAAGAAAGAUGAGGCUGAUUAUAAGCGACUGCAGACCUUCCCUCUGGUCAGGCACUCGGACAUGCCAGAGGAGAUGCGAGUGGAGACCAUGGAGCUGUGCGUCACGGCCUGUGAGAAAUUCUCCAACAACAACGAGAGCGCUGCCAAGAUGAUCAAAGAGACAAUGGACAAGAAGUUCGGCUCCUCCUGGCAUGUGGUCAUCGGCGAGGGCUUUGGGUUUGAGAUCACGCACGAGGUGAAGAACCUCCUAUACCUGUACUUCGGGGGGACCCUGGCUGUGUGUGUCUGGAAGUGCUCCUGACACUGUCCCCCACCCCUGUCCCCCAUCCCCUGCGGCCCCAGCCAGGCCCUCCUUCUUCAAAGGACAGUCUGGGGUCUUUCCUUUUGCCCUUUGAUACCAGUUUCCCGAGCCGCGCCUGGCGUGUGAACCGUGGUGGCAGCCGUCCUCAGGCCCCCCAGUGUGUGAAGGGGAGAGCAGGCUGCGGUCUGGAUGCAGGGGAGGGGUGGGAGACGCGACAGGGUAGGAGGGUGGGGAGGUGGGAGCUUUCUCGUGGGGACACGCCAGCCCCACCUCUCUUGGGGGCUGCUCUCCCCUCUCCUCCCGGGAGCCCCCCGCCACUCCAUGCCCCGCACUGCUGGCCGGCCACAUGCAGAUGGCCCCAGGGGGAGCCUGUCCUCCCCAGGGGCCCUGGCAGCUUUCUCCCCUCACCCUCCGGAGCAGUGGUGACCGCCCCCAGAAGCCUGACCCCGGGCUGGACGCACCGCGGCAUCUCCCUGGCCCGCUGGCUCCCAAGUCCCCGGCUUUGGCGUGGGGACCCAGCAGCCUUUCCCUCGUGCUCUCCUUCCCCAGCCCCCAAGCCGCCAGGCCGUGAACCUUUUGUACCGCCUCCACCUGUGCACUUGGGGUCCGGUGGCGGAGGGCGUGGUUGUCACUGAGCCUCGGGUGGGGCUCCCGGGCCAGGGGCGCACGCACCGCGAGGCCUGUUCGGGCAGGGACGCCCGGCCUGCCGCUUUCUUCUCAUCAGGGACCGCAUGCCGAUUUGUACUUCCGCUCUCUGCUGGCUUUUCUAUAGUCUUUUUUGAGCGUGGGGAGAAGGGUUUUAGUAGAAGGGGGAUUCCUAUUUUACACAGCGGGCUUAUUUAUAUACGUGUCUUGGUUUUUACAAUUAAAGUGACCAAAAAUGGA